AUGCAAGCUGGCAGCCGCAAGGAUCCAGAUAACAGGGCACCUCUGGCUUGUACCUUUCAGGAACCAAUGAUAGUGCCCAAGCACAUGCAAGAUGGUUCAAUGACGGUAGCUGAGCAAUUGGAAACAAUCAACUUGAGUGAUGAUCUCUUGGUCCAGAGGCCCAUCUCCAUCAGUGUCCACUUGGCAAAGGAAGAAAAGGAAAUGUUGGUGUCUUUGUUAAAAGAAUUUCGGGAUGUAUUCGCUUAG